CACGGGAAUAUGCUUGACAUGGAAUGCCACAACAGAUCAUGUUUUUAUAAAAUGUCACGUAUUCAGUCAUUUCAGUAUAGAACAAGAAAUACUAUUGAUGGAUUCGUCUGAUCGAAAUCGGGCUAAAUGCUUCAUUUAUGAUUCACCAAAAUGUACUGCAAGGGAACACGACGAUAUCAUUUUGGAAAAAUCGUAUGAAAAUAGCUUUACACUUGUGCUUCAGACUGCAAAGAAGAAUGUAGAAGGGGAUUGGAAAUGUUUUCACGGUAGCGACAAAGCCAAUGUUAAUAUACACUUAAUGAAAGGUACCAUUUACUCAGCUGAUAUACAUUUGUCUGGUGAAAUUAUGAAGAAGACAACGAAAAAUAAGUUUACACUUACUUGCUACUCAUGUUGGUUACCUGCUACAGAGAGUGUUAAUUUUUUCGUUAAUGGUGGGCUUGAAGAUAGCGUUCGCUACAAAGAUGGAAAGUGUUAUAAAAAAAGAAAGCUGUGUAGCCCAUCAGAAUGUACAUGCUCGAAUGAAGGUAACAAAUUCACCUGGAGUUUUUUAAGUGACUUGUCAUUUCUCGAAUUUUCAUGUGAAAUGAGAUUCAAAGAUGAAAAAACAUCGACAUUUUCCAUUCAGACGGCAAAUCUUAGUUACAAUGAAUCAGUAUUUCAACAGAAAAUUACAACGAACAAGACUUAUGCUGUUUUAGACAAGAAUAUACAUAUUGAUGGUGGAAAUCUUAAUGUUUCAUACAUAGAUAAGUUCACUACGUCAUAA